AAGAGGCGACGGCUUAUAGUCCCGACCUACUCAUUAGUAUCAGCAAAGUUCAAACAAAGUCCAGCAGUGUUCAGCUCGGAGCUGCCCGAACCGAACCGCACACACUUAGCUCCGUUCACUCUGCUCGGAACCAUGACUGAAGCGGACCUCUACACUCUGUACAAGGGCGUGUAUGUACCUACUGCGGUACACACUCCGGAGAGCCUCAAGUACUACGAGGAGUUUACAUUUCGACCUGACGACGUUGUCAUCGUAACGUAUCCCAAGUCAGGGACAACUUGGAUGCAGGAAAUUCUUCCCCUGAUUGUAAGAGGAGGGGAUCCAGCCUCCGUUGAGACGCUGCCUAACUGGGACCGCGUUCCCUGGCUGGAGGAGACCCGGGCCUCCAUCCUGAAGCUCGAAGAGCGGCCGUCUCCUCGCUUGUUCACCACGCACUUCCACUACAGCAUGAUGCCGCCGUCCUUCUUUCAAGUAAAACCAAAGGUGGUCUAUGUCAUGAGGAACCCCAAAGAUGUGUUCACGUCUGCCUUUCACUAUUACAACAGCGCCUCGUUCUUGGUGAAACCGGGUCCGCAGAGCGAGUUCCUCCAGAAGUUCCUCACGGGAAAAGUUAUUUUUGGCUCCUGGUUUGACCAUGUGAAAGGCUGGCUGAAUGCUAAAGAGAAACUGCAGAUCAUGUACAUCUCCUACGAGGAGAUGAUAAAGCAGGACCUGAACGACGCUGUGAGCAGGAUCGCUCAGUUCCUGGGGAAGCCUUUGGAGCUCGAUGUUCUGGAGAAGAUAGCCGACAAGUGUUUAUUCAAAAACAUGAAGAAUAACCCUAUGUCCAACUACUCGGUGGUGCCCCAGGAAUUCAUGGACCAAACAAAGAGUCAGUUCCUUCGUAAAGGGGUCGCUGGAGACUGGAGGAACCUGCUUACACCAGAUGAGGCACAGCACUUUGACAACGUGUUCAAAGAAAAAAUGAAAGAUGUGAACUAUAAAUUCAACUGGGAUUAAGCCAGUUUAGUGCAAUUGCUUUUACCGUUUCAUAAAAAGAAUUAACUAGUAUGUCAGACCAGUGACUGAAAAAAAGCAAUACUGUAUUGAGAGCAGUUCAAACUUUGACCUUUUCUUCUGCGACUUAACGAAGUUUCAAAAACAAAAAAAAACAAAUGCUCAACGUUGUGAUCCAUUUUGCCUAGGAAGUCAGAGCUUACCAGGUAAGUGGAACUGGGAAAAUACCUAAAACCGAAAUUUCUACUGGUUUUGCAGUAGAAAACCAGUGAGGAUAGCAAAGUGUUGUCUUCAAUAACCAAGCUAACUAUGUUAAGUGACGUAAGCCAAGAAUAAAAAAAUCUGUAGCAUUUAAUACAUUUAAAAUAUCAUGGCAACACUUUAACUACUAUAGUUUGUCAGCAGCUAAACUGAUAACUGAUUGAGUCAAAUGGAAACUGUCAACAGAACAAAUAGUUUAAAAUCUUUAUCAUGAAGAUUGAUUAGCUUAGGGAAAAUGUACGCAAUUGACAUGCGUUACUAUAGCACAAAUAAACAUUUUUAGCAUUAGUUGUUUUUAAAUGGCUUAAAUUAACUAAAACGGCUAAUAACCCAGCAGUGAACUUUUCAUCGUGACAUAGCGGUUAGCUUUUCAUCGUGACAUAGCGGUUAGCUUUUCAUCGUGACAUAGCGGUUAGCUUUUCAUCGUGACAUAGCAGUUAGCUUUUCACCGCUCUAAAAUAUUCUACAAAUGCACUGCCGUACAUAAUCCGUCUGGCACAGGCAACAGAACUGUUACUGAGAGUUGCUGCAGACAACCUCAGUUGAAAAAAUUUGAGCUAUCCCUUUAAGCUGGACUAGAAGUUUUUUAAAGUGCUAGGUUUGCUUUUUCGCUCAGUCGGCUCUGUGAUUGCGUGGUGGUUCACUUUGCCCUCAAAAGCUGCAUGCUUUUUACUGACUGACUCACUGAGGGAAGGUUUGAUGCAAUAGCAUUCCUCACAGCACAUUACUGAUAUGUUGCAAGGCAUGUGAGAUUGACCUUUUUUGGAAUAAUGUUGCCCUUUAGAGAAUGAAGAAGACAUGUUGAGUUGUAGUAGUUCUGUGUUAAAGCUUGAGGGACAUCUGAAAACCUCAGCCAUGGUAAAGUUCAGAUGACGGAGAAAGGCGUACAUAGCACGCCUUCAUUGCACAUAUGGAGAAGCACCAUAAGUUUUCUAUGCAACUUGUAUUCAACAAAAAUACCAGGCAUGUUAAAUCCUGAGCAGCUGAAAUCCCAUAAAAACCUGCAGCUACUCCUGCUUUUCAUAAGCACUUACAUGAUGUAAUUAAAAGAAUGUAUCUAAGAACAUUAAUAAUGUUUCACCCAAACAAAUAUUUGUUGAUUUUCUUACAAACUCUUAUAAAAACUGUUUAACUCAUAGUCCUGUGUCCUUUCAUUAUGCUUUGUAGUGUAAUACUGUAGAAAGUUGUAUGAAACAAAUAAAAACUUUCACACUCUGUG